UUGCUCUCUACAUUACAGAUCCAAAUUUGACUCCACCAUUACACAUCCACACCCGAUCCCUCCCCCUCCUAUACACACAUGAGCCUAUAGACACAAACGUAUCGAUAAUUUCGGGUUGUUAGAGGCCGUUGGAGAUGGAUUCCACAUCGAUCCGCGUGCCUUACAAGCAUCUCAAACAAGCUGAAGUUGAAAUGAACCGAUUCGAUGAGUCGGUGGAUCGUCGCGGUCGAUUAGAUCAUGUUAAUUUGAAUGGCGCUGCGGCGAAUGCGGAGAGUGCGGAGAAUGCGUCUUCGUCGCAGCAGCAGCAGCAGCAGAGGAGUGAGGGGAUUAGUAUGGUUACGUUAGUGUUGAGCUGUACGGUGGCUGCUGGUGUUCAGUUUGGUUGGGCGUUGCAGCUGUCGCUUCUCACUCCUUACAUUCAGACACUUGGAAUAGGGCAUGCCUUCUCUUCAUUUAUCUGGCUCUGUGGUCCUAUUACUGGCCUUGUGGUUCAACCUUGUGUUGGUAUCUGGAGUGAUAAGUGCACUUCAAAGUAUGGAAGAAGACGACCAUUUAUAUUAGUUGGAUCUCUCAUGAUAUCAGUUGCUGUGAUAAUAAUCGGGUUUUCUGCAGACAUUGGGUACCUUCUAGGUGAUUCGAAGGAGCAUUGCAGAACAUAUAAAGGUACUCGGACAAGAGCGGCUAUUGUGUUUAUAGUAGGGUUCUGGAUGCUGGAUCUUGCCAAUAAUACCGUCCAGGGCCCAGCUCGAGCUCUUUUGGCAGAUUUAGCAGGUCCUGAUCAAAGAAAUUCCGCAAAUGCCAUAUUCUGCACAUGGAUGGCUGUAGGCAAUGUCCUAGGCUUUUCUUCUGGUGCAAGUGGAGACUGGCACAGAUGGUUCCCUUUUUUAAUGAGUAGAGCUUGCUGUGAAGCUUGUGGAAAUCUGAAGGCAGCAUUUCUAGUUGCUGUGGUUUUUUUGAUUCUAUGUACACUUGUAACUCUUUAUUUUGCAAAGGAGGUUCCCUUGAUUCUGAAUCAAGCUCAGCGUUUAUCAGAUUCAGCUCCCCUUUUGAACGAACAUCAAGUUGGUUAUAAUCCCUCAAAAUCAGGAACUGGCAUGCAACUAGUUGACAAUUCAUCAGGGAUGAAUUCUGAUACUGAUCUAAAAGUAGGAAAUGAUCAGAAGAGUGAAAACCAUGAGGUUGAGGAAGACAAGGUUGAAAGUUUCAGCAAUAGUCCUGGUGCAGUCUUGGUCAAUUUGUUAACAAGCUUACGGCAUUUGCCACCAGCUAUGCAUUCAGUUCUGGUUGUAAUGGCGCUUACCUGGUUAUCCUGGUUUCCCUUUUUCCUCUUUGACACUGAUUGGAUGGGAAGAGAAGUUUAUCAUGGUGACCCAAAUGGAGAAAUAACUGAAGUAAAAGCUUAUGAUCAUGGUGUCAGAGAAGGUGCUUUUGGUUUGCUGUUGAAUUCAAUUGUACUUGGAGUCAGCUCCUUUCUUAUUGAACCAAUGUGCAAGUUGGUUGGCUCAAGAUUAGUUUGGGCAACAAGUAAUUUUAUUGUGUUUGCAUGCAUGGCAGCAACUGCUGUUAUUAGCUACAUUUCUGUCAAAGAAUCUUCCACACAGGUUGGGCAUACUAUUCGAGGGAAUGAAAGCAUUAAGAUUGCUUCUCUGGUUGUUUUUGCUAUUCUGGGCUUCCCUCUGUCUGUUACUUAUAGCGUUCCAUUCUCAGUCACUGCUGAGUUGACAGCUGAUUCUGGGGGUGGCCAAGGAUUGGCAAUAGGAGUUUUAAAUCUUGCAAUUGUUGUACCCCAGAUGAUUGUGUCCCUUGGUGCUGGUCCCUGGGAUGAAUUGUUUGGUGGAGGUAACGUACCCGCAUUUGUCCUGGCUUCCUUAUCUGCCCUGGCUGCUGGCGUUAUUGCAAUACUCAAGCUGCCAAACCUUUCAAGUUCUUUUAGGUCCACAGGUUUUCAUUUCGGGUGAGGCUUCCUAAAGUAAAAAAUUGACACCAAUUUGUAUAGGCAACCAGAAGAAGAGAGUAGAAGACACUUUCGAGAACAACGGUUUUGAUGCUCUGUGUACAGUUGUAUUCUAUCCCAGAGCUACACAUGAAAGUAUCCUAAUUCGUUUAUUCUUUACCCUUUUUGGAUCUGUACACUGUAACUAAAAUGUAUAAUCAUAGUCAAUUAGUUUAGUCUAUACCAAAAAGAAUAUAGUCAAAUGAUUUUUCGAGGCUUGUAGCAUUUUGUAUGAACCCCAAUUGGCUUUAAUAGACCACGGUCUCUGAUGAUCAUGUUUCACCAGUGACACUUUCUGAGCCCUGUAGAUGUAAUUGAAUCACUUCACUUCAUUAUUAUUCAUAAUAUAUGUGACACGUUGAUUAUUAUUGGA